AUGUCAACAAGUACACAACAAGCUGUAAUAGCCGACUACUUAAUACUUUCAUUACCACAGUCAGCGAAUGGUGAACAAUAUUUGGAGCAAUCAUUAAAUAAUGGGAAACAACAAUUAUAUAAUCUCAAGAUUCCAGAUUUUCAAAGUGGAACAUUAGAUUCAUUAGUUCAAGAAAGUGAAGAAUUGAGUAAAAUAGAUCAACAUUUAAAUUCAUCAGUUGCAAAAAUCAUAGAUAUAUUAAAUUCAAUAAGUGAAACCAAAAAUUCUUCGAGAAUCGUUCAAUCAAGAUCCAUAUUUGAAUAUAUUCAAAAUUUUCAAUGGAAUACUUCAAAAUAUAGAUUAGAUAAACCAAUAAAUCAGUUAGUUAAAAUGAUUUCAAGUGAAGCUAUCACGUUGGACAACGAUGUUAGAGCUUCUUAUCAAAAUUAUCAAACUGCAAAAUCAAAUUUCUUAGCAGCUGAUAGAAAGAAAAAUGGUGAUUUAUCAAUUAAAUCAUUACAUGAAAUAGUUAAACCUGAACAAUUUGUGUUGGAUUCAGAAAAUUUAGUAACUUUAUUAAUAGCAGUACCAAAUAAUCUUGUUUCAGAUUUUAAAUCUAGUUAUGAAACAUUGACUCAAUUUGUGAUUCCUAGAUCCGCAGAAGUGAUAGCCAAAGAUCAAGAAUUCACAUUGUUUACAGUUACUUUAUUCAAAAAAUUUCAACAAGAAUUCAUAAAUAAUGCAAGAGAACACAAAUGGCAUCCAAGAACAGAUUUUGUAUAUAAUGAUGAAAUGCUUAAUAAUUUAAGAAAAGAGUUUGAUAUAACAAAGCAAACAGAAAAAAAACUGAAAAAUGAAUUAAUAAGAUUAAGUAAAACAGCUUAUUCAGAUGUAGUGGCUGCAUGGUUUCACAUUAAGGUAAUAAGAGUUUACGUUGAAGCUGUAUUGAGAUAUGGUUUACCACCACAAUUUGAUAAUUUCUUAAUUAAAUUUGAAGGAAGUAAUUUGAAGAAUGUUGGAGAAGUCAAAAAACAAUUAAUUAAAAAGUUUGGUUACUUAGGAGGAGAUGGAUAUUCUAGUAAUACUAAUUUGCAUGAAUAUGCAUCACUAGUUGAUACUGAAUACGAACCAUUUGUGUUGUAUGAAUUCGAGGUCGUCUAA